CGCGGCCUGUUAGAGACGGCGGUGGGGGCUCUCGUGCAGGGGGUACGAGCCAAGCGGUUGGUUGGUUGGUCGGUCGAUGGGGGAGACAACAACAAGCUAGACACCAUGAGGGUCCCCGAAACACUGAUUUGGGCCGCUUUUCUCAUCCAGAAGGUGGUGGGAGAGUAUGGCAUGGCCCAUUUCAGUGACAAGGGCAAGAGCGAAGGAAAGGAUUACUGCAUAUUCUUCAACUCCCAGUGGGCACGUUUACCUCAGGAUCUCAAUAAGGCGUCGCGUCUCCAGAUCUAUGACUUGACAACAUCGGUCCUGUGCUCUCCCUCUGAGGUCCCAGAGGGAGGCUUCCCGAACCGCAUCCCCAUGGUGAUGAGGGGGAACUGCACUUUCUAUGAAAAAGUUCGCCUGGCCCAGAUUAAUGGUGCCAAGGGCCUGCUCAUCGUCAGCAAGGACAGACUGACACCACCAGCAGGAAACAAGACUCAGUAUGAAGAGAUUGACAUUCCUGUGGCACUGCUCAGCUACUCUGAUAUGUUGGAUAUAAGCAAGACCUUUGGUAAAGGACAGCUGGUUGCCAUGUACGCACCCAACGAGCCAGUGUUAGACUAUAACAUGGUGAUCAUCUUCUUGAUGGCAGUAGGAACGGUGGCUAUUGGGGGCUACUGGGCCGGCAGCAGAGACAGCAAGAAACGGUACAUGAAGCACAAGCGGGACGACAGUGCCGAGAAGCAAGAGGAGGAGACCGUAGACGUAACCCCGAUCAUGAUUUGUGUGUUUGUCGUCAUGUGCUGCAACAUGCUGGUGCUACUCUACUUUUUCUACGACCACCUGGCUAUUUGGGUCAUCAGGAUCUUCUGUUUGGCCUCCUCUGUUGGCCUGUACAGCUGCCUGUGGCCGUUCGUCAGGAGACUUCCUUUCUGCAAGUGCAGGAUCCCGGAGAACAACCUGCCGUACCUGCACAAGCGGCCGCAGAUCCGCAUGCUGCUGCUGGCGGCCCUCUGCAUCGGUGUCAGCAUCAUCUGGAUGGUGUUUCGCAACGAAGAUCAGUGGGCGUGGGUGUUACAGGACGCCCUGGGGAUCGCCUUCUGUCUCUACAUGCUCAAAACAGUCAGGCUGCCCACAUUUAAGGCUUGCACUUUACUAAUGACGGUCCUGUUCGUCUAUGAUGUUUUCUUCGUAUUUAUUACACCUUCCUUCACAAAGAGUGGGCAAAGUAUAAUGGUGGAGGUAGCGGCUGGUCCCUCUGACUCCUCCACACAUGAAAAGCUUCCCAUGGUGCUUAAAGUGCCACGUUUAAACUCCUCCCCCCUGGCUCUUUGUGACCGCCCCUUCUCCCUGCUUGGCUUUGGAGAUAUCUUAGUACCAGGUCUGCUGGUUGUGUACUGUCACAGAUUUGACAUUUUAACACAAUCGUACAGGAUCUACUUCAUGGCCUGUACAGUCGCUUACGGCAUCGGCCUGCUGAUAACCUUUGUGGCGCUGGCUGUGAUGCAGAUGGGUCAGCCGGCGUUACUCUACCUGGUGCCUUGCACUCUGCUCACCAGCCUCAGUAUAGCGCUGUGGCGCAGGGAGUUGCCCCAAUUCUGGACUGGAAGUGGAUUUGUGCCUGCCAUAGUGCUCGCACCGAUCAACUGCACACAAACCGCCGCGCCGCCGACCAAGGAGCCCUCAGCUAAACCAGAGCCACCGACCGCAGAGGAGCAAGCCAGGCAGAGCGAAGACUCCCCCCAGGACCCGCCUCAGGAAACUCCCCCGGUGGAGAGCAAUGAAGAGGAAAAAAAACCCAACUGAAAUAACGUCUAGUACGGCACUUUUCCAUUUCACCCUGUUUACUUUGUUCAUUUUCUUUCUACAGUUUGUCUGAGUCAGCGGACAUUUCAUGUACUGAUUGCUUGUUUGCACUUGGUGCGAGUAGGAAUCUGUGUUUUCUGAAAGUCGGGCUCAGCCGGGCACAGAGGGAAUCAAAUUGACAAACAGAAACAGUCCCAUCACCACCUCCUACUAACGUACAAUCUGCACCACCCGAAAGGGGAGUGAAAAGUCAAUCUACACUACUCCACUGAGAAAACAAUAAAUAUUUCCACUACACUCAGCUCUGUGCCAACCUAAAGACCCCGUCACACCAGCAAAUAACAGUGCAAUGUGUAACCAGACCAGCACCAGAGCUAAAUAACAGAUUAAAAAAAUACCCCUCCUGAUUUUUGGUUUUCUUUACAUUUAAGAAGUAGUUAAAAAAAAAAAAAAAAAAAUACAGCUGCCUUAAAAAGCUGAGACUUAAACCUGAGUUUAAAAAAAAAUCUUAUUUAAUAAAAAUCUAUUUAUAAUGAGCAGCCUGACGCGUUACACAUCAGAGAAAAGGGGAAAAAACUUCACAUGUGGAGGUUUUAGUUAUUCAUGAUUAAAACAGCUUGUCUAGAUAAGAAAAAAGUGAUAGUAGUAGUUGCUGUGUAGAAUUGCUGGCAUCACCUUAAAGGAAUACCAGUAAUGAAUUAAUUAUUGAGCCGAAUGAGCUGUGAGCAGCAUGUUUGACAUAACUGAAAACCAACUUUAAUGGACUUUGACCAAUAAAAAUGUAUUUAGUGACUGAUCCGUCUCAUACAAGUUCAACUAACCUGAUGGUGCGAAAAAAGAGACAUGAUGAACGAUUAGGUGGCAAACGGAAAAUUACAACCGUUCAGGAAAUGGAGCCAUAUUUGGCCCUCGGCCCUGAAAGGCUGAUAGGGUAUUGCUGUCACCACGCCAGGCUGGCAGCGUGGAGACCCACCUUUGUGAAAAAGAUAACUUGAGAGUGAAGCGACGCAGGAUUUUCAAAUUGAUAGCACAGGUCCAUCUAGUAAAAAUCUCAGAUGAGUUUGACCUCAAGGUGCUCCUUCUGUUAGUAACGAUUAUAAAACCUUGCACAGUGUUGAGAACAAAAUGCUGAAACUUUUCAGAUGACACAGAGAGGUGUGGAAAGAUCCUCUGAUCCAGUUUGUAGCCACAGUCACUGAGACUCAGACCCAAGUAUUUAGCUGUUCAUCUUUCUGGUGUGACUGGGCUUUAAAGGUCCUGGCAACACGAGUGCUACACCACGGCCUAAAGGAAACCGGAGCGCAACACACAAAAAAACAAAACAAAAAAAGAAAAGGAAACAACGCCCACGCUACCUGCUCCCAAGGAAAGACCAACGCUGGCAGAGGAUUGUGGUUUCACAACAACCAGAUAUUUUAUUAAUCUCAAAAAGUAGCAAGCGGCAUGGUGGGAGUGGCCAAAACAACAAACAAAACACUCUAGAAAUGAAAUAGAAUUGACUUGCCUAUGAUGAGAAACCCAAAAGAAAACACAGGCCUCUUACCGGUCUCCCUAACAUCAACAGGAGAAAACGUUUUAAAAGAAAAUUGCUUCCCACCCCUACAGCUACCAGAUCAACAAGAAAAGGUCUAUUUACAAUAUAUACAAGACAACCAAGCUCUUCUCACCACAGAAACUUAGUCACACAGCACAACGCAAGACACAGAGCUAAUUGCACAGCUUGUUUGGAAGUAGGAAGUGGGCGGGGCUGCCGGUCUUGACAUGUCCCAUUUUAUAGCCAGCCUCAUUCCAUGCUUAGCCAAUUGUCCACCUCCACCUGGAACGUACGGCACAAACAACAGAGAGAACGACAAACAACACACAGCAUCAUGACCUGGGUCAUAACACGAGAGAGCGAUGGGAGCAGCUCUGCAGGCCCAUCAAUUUUCAAGCACUUAAUUUGAAACGCACUGAGACUCGAAUCCCCCUAAAAAGCCCUUUUGAAGCGUGUGUCCCAGAGUCAGAGCAUGAAGCAGCUGAAGAGUUUCAUACCCUUUAAAAUGUGGUGCUAACCUGGUUGUUGACUGAGCCAAAGCACUUUUGUUAUUUUCUCAUCAAGCUUUUGUUACAUUUUGUGUUUGCAUGCUUUUAUUUUGAUUUUAGCCCGAAUAUAUAACCCAGACUUUGUAAAUGUUGCUGAGUGCUGCAGUCUGGAUCCCCCGGGUGGCGCUCGUGUUAUAUUAAGAGUUGGGGGGUUUUUUUUUGGCCUUACCGUGUCCUCGUCUGGAGUGGGGGUGGGGGGAGGCUCUCUGUAAACCGUGUGCUGGACUCAAAGUGCUGCAGUUUCAUGUGUGAACUGGACAGUAUGUGGUUCUGCUUGUUCUUAGUUUGUAUUUAAACAUUUGCACAGUAUUUUAACUCAUGAACCGGCUUGUUGUCGGCUCAUGUGUGUACGUGUAUGUUUAUGCAUAAAUAUAAGGGUUUAAAGAAACGGAAACCAUGGUAACGCUCUACUUGUCCCAUAUUUGUUCUGCUUUUGUUUGUCUGACCCGGGGGCAUCAUGUUCGACAGCAGCGUGCUGCGAGUGAGUCCGGCCUCGGUGUCUGAAUGUGAUUGAACAGUUUUCUGGACGACAUCAUUCAUUCACCAGGAUAGUUUGGUGUCACCGAGUGGUUUUUAAUGCCUCUACAGAGGCAUAUGUAUAAUAAAGACCCAUUGUAUUUAA